AUGAUCGCAAAGUUGACAAGUCAAAAUAAUCAUGCCAAGUCCUCAGCCAUCGCCAAGACAUCAUCACUAUAUGAGGCUGAGAAAAUCAACAAACCCCUUGUUCACACACACAAACACGAGAGCUCAAGUCACCCUCUCGAGUCGAACACCGCACAGAACAUAAUGUUUUGCGCAAUUUCCGGUGAAGCGCCAACUGUUCCCGUCGUCUCUUCGAAAUCUGGCAGCCUCUUUGAAAAGCGCUUGAUCGAGGCUUACAUUGACGAGCAUGGCACCGAUCCUGUCAGUGGCGAAGACUUGAAUACUGCUGAUCUGAUUGAAGUUAAAUCCUCAAAGAUUGUCCGUCCGAGACCUCCUACACUUACCUCUAUACCCGCGCUCCUUACUUCUUUUCAAGACGAAUGGGACUCCAUCAUGCUUGAGACUCACAAGCUCCGCAGCCAGCUCGUCCAAACUAGGCAAGAGCUUUCAACGGCACUUUACCAGAACGAUGCGGCGACCAGAGUUAUCGCGAGAGUUACCAAAGAGCGAGAUGAAGCAAGAGAGGCACUCGCACAAUUGUCUGUUGUUACUGGGUCGAGAUCGAGUCGUGGCCCUGACGAAAUGGAGGUUGAUAAAGAUGGUCUUCCGAGUUACGUUAGGGAUAGAAUUGAUGAGACCAUGAAACAAUUGUCUGCUUCGAGGAGGAAACGUGCUAUCCCACAAGGUUGGACCGAUGCAGAAAGUGUUUCGACUUUCCAGACCCUCCGUACACUGGAAACACCAUUUUCUGGCGCCAGCUCCCUUGAUCUCGAUGCUACUGGCGAACUCACACUUGUUGGUGGAGCUAAUGGGUCUUCCGGAAUUUACUCGCUUGCUCAGGAGGAUUUGGCAACUAUUCUUAAUGCCUCCGACGGCGCUAUCGUUGAUGUUGCCUGGGCCGGGAGAAAUGCAAUUACGGCGAGUGCGGGCGGUGUACUCAGGGUGUGGGAUCAACAGGGAAGUGAUAGUACUACCAUUAAAGCCCAUUCUGGCGGACUGAAGGCUUUGGCUACUCACCCGAGGGACGACCUUCUGGCUUCUGUUGGCGAAGAUAAGAGCUGGGUUGUCUACGAUCUGGAGGCAUCGAAACCUGUUAUUCAGGCUUACGGGGAAGAUGAAAUUUCCACCGCCGAUUUCCAUCCUGAUGGGCACCUGUUCGCGACUGGGACUGGAAGUUCCGCUCUUAUUUAUGACAUUCGCACCACUGUUAUCGGUGCAGAUUUCAAGCUUGGCGGUACUGUUUCCUCUAUGAGCUUCUCUGAAAACGGGUUCUGGUUGGCGAUUGCUUUGAAGGGCAAGACCGAUGUUCAGAUCUGGGAUUUGAGAAAGAUAACACAAACCAAGGCCCUGGAUAUCGGUAGCAGGGUGGACACAGUCAAAUGGGAUUACACUGGCCAGUACCUUGCAACUGGUGGGCAAGCCGGAAUCAGUGUACAGGCCUAUUCGAAAUCUACCAAAUCUUGGUCCGAACCUCUUAGAACUGCUGUCUCAGCUGUUUCCACCGCUUGGGGUAAUAACGCGGCUAGUUUGGUAGCUGUCGAUUCGCAAGGAGUUUUGACUUGGUUAGGGAUCGGAGAGGAAUCGUAAUGUCGAAGAGGAAAUCUGGUCCCAUUUUUCUUUUCCUUUCUCCCUUUCUACCAAAAACCAAUAAAGCAACUGCUCUUCUCUUUUCACCUGUAACAUUAAAGCAGCGUUACGAGACUGUUAUUUUUUUUUCAUUUUUUCUUCUUCCCCCUACCAUUUCUCAGGUUUCGAUGUGCAUUUCUUGAGCAAACUGUGAUGUUACAUGUAUGAUAAGAACGGAGAAAUUCACUCACUCUUGCUCGCUCCCACGA